AAACGAUAUAUAGUCUCUUCACUGGGAAGGGCUGUACCAAUCGAAUUCCAUCCUUUGUUCAUCGACGCAGCUUCGUUUAGAUUCAACUAUAGAAGUGAAUGGCUGGUUCUAGGGUUGCUCAUGCUACCUUGAAAGGACCAAGUGUUGUUAAGGAAAUAGUUAUCGGGAUAACGCUUGGCCUUUGUGCUGGUGGGCUCUGGAAGAUGCAUCACUGGAACGAGCAGAGGAAAGUGAGAGCAUUCUACGACAUGCUCGAGAAAGGUGAAAUCAGUGUCGUUGCAGAAGAAUAAAUGUUUUAUGUCUUGUGAAAUCGUGGACAGCUUCAGUUGUAUUUUGUUAUAUGCGUUCCCUUCAUUUUGGCUCUUAGAUUGAAGAUGACCAAACUCAAUUGGGAGUUCUAUGAAUAAUUUCAUGGCAUUGAGAUCUUGAUUUCAAUAUUUUUCUUAGCAAAUUUUGCCCUUGUGGCUUCUUCUAUGAAAGGUUUCGUUUGCAUCU